AUGCGUACGUCUCCGAACGUGAUUAUCACCGGUACUCCGGGUGUGGGAAAAACCGUCCACUGCGAACAACUCGCGCAAGAACUCGGCUUGAAGCACUUGUCGAUCAACCAAGUCGCAAAGGACCGUGGAUGUUUCGAUGAGUAUGACGAGGAAUUGAAGACCUGGGUAGUGGAUGAGGAUAAGCUCCUCGAUGCCCUCGAAGAUGAAAUCCCCAAUGGCGGAUACCUAAUCGACUGGCACGCUUGUGACCUCUUCCCGAAAUCUUGGAUCGAUCUUGUCGUUGUUCUCCGCUGCCCCACCACAGACAUUCUAUACGACCGACUCUCUUCACGAGGCUAUCACGAUAAAAAGCUAGAAGAGAAUGUCGAUGCAGAGAUCUUCGGUGUGCUACUAGACGAGGCGCGGGAAGCCUUCGACGAGGAAAUAGUGGUGGAAUUGAACAGCGAGCAGGACUCGGACGUGGACUCCAACUGCCAGCGGAUCUCGCAAUGGAUUGAUUCAUGGAAGAAGACUCAGGCAGAGAACGCGGAUUGA